CCACAAUCGAGGAAAAAAGCUACACAAUGGCGAGUCUGGAAUACCUUUGAUGUGACAUAUUUUCCGCAAUCUCCGAUAGAAAAAGUGAUUUUCCUGCUUAAAUUCGGCGUUGAACCUGCUUCCGGGGAUCGUAACGGUGCGUGGAUUCGACGAGUAGUGAAAAUAGAUAUCCAUCGUUGGAUGCGCUUGAUUUUCGGGCCAAGAAAAAUCGAACGGUAACCAGUGGAAGGUGAAAUAAUUUUUUCUCGUCUCGGUCCGAUCGCGGGCGAAAUGACCUUAUAAGAAAAUGGUACUUUUCGGUAUUCUAAUCAGUGGUUAGUGGUCAAAAUCUAUUCCGUUCGUCUCCCCGACUGGGGGGAACCGCAGUGAACUAGUGUACGGUUGAAAACUGUAACCGAAUCUCGACUGUGAAAAGUAUCCGAGAAGAUAGAAGAAAAAAGAUUGUGUAUGAAGGACCUAAUGUACGGACUGAGAAUUUCGCUUCCACAAAAUGGUAGCAGCAGAAAUUGAUGUCGUCGUCAAAUUCUACUUCUGCAUGGAAAUACCUGCACUAGCCAAAGACAUUUAAAACACUUGCACAAAGUGGUGCUGAAGCGAGUGUAAGCCAUACUUGGGAAACUGGUCCCAAGAUUUCGAAGGAGAUAUCAUAAGUACCAACAAAGAAUAUUGGGUUUUCAGCGGAAACCCUUCUCAACACGCACUGCACAGCAAAAGUGUGACAACUGUGAUAAAUUCGACUAACCAGCAUCCUUAUGUUCUUGCCCCGGGAGAUUUAAACACCGUCCACGUGAGGGAAAAAGGGCAUCUUGGUGCUCCAUGCCAUUGGACCGGUUCAAUACAAACUCUUGGCGUUAACUAAUGCUUUGAAUCUAUCAUAAAGAUGAUGAAAAGUAGCACCAGAAGUCCCAACAUCGCAAUGGUUCGAUUCAGGUCGGACCGACUCAUUCGCGGCGCCAACAUUCCGACAAUGUUCCACCGUAAACUCAACGGCGGUGACAAGUCAUACGAGAAGCAUGUUACUGAAAUAAGUUCUACUUCCAUCACACCUAGCGCGGAAGUGGCCUUCCCGUAUCCGAACAAGUCUGACUAUACCUACUUGACACAAUCAACGGACAGCUGCUCGCUGAUCAUAAGAUUUCCAUUGGAUGACUUCGACGCCGGCAGGGCGUUUGUUAGCCAUAUUACUGAGCUGAUGCGAACCACUAAUUCUGUGACUUUGAAAUGUGAUUUUAAUACUUACCUGAGUAAUGUUAGAAUUAGUCGUAAUCUACCACUAGAUGAAUGUACUACUACGUUAAGCCACAACCCGCAAAAUCCGAUGAACGAGCAAAAUAUUGACCGCAUGUCAUCGUCGUGUUUAAGACAUAGCUCGUAUACGAAAUUUGACGAUUUGCUGGCAAUGAUCGCCAACGAAAAGACGCUGUUACAGCGUGCUGUUCAGGAAUCUCAAGGAAGCCGAUCUCGGCCCCGUAUGCGUUUGUGCGGUGGCGGAGAGGAUUCCAUCAAUAAUGGCACCAGUGCCUGGGGAACCCCUCCGACAUCGGUCAACAGUACUAGUGCUUGGGGCAUGGCAAACCAGCAACCACCGCAACAGGCAUGGGGCGGAACGCCCGGUAAUAGCAACAAUGCCAACAGUAACAGCAGCAACAUCAACAACAAUCAACAACCGGCAACGAGUCAAUCGCAACGGCAGUCAUCACAAUCACAGGAUCAAAAUGCCAACAAAGCGCCUCCACAGCAGCAGGGUCAAAAUAGCGGAACACCGAAUGCUUGGAAUCGGAAUCCUACGCAGCCUACCGGGCACAAUCCGAAUGUGGCAAACAAUAAUCUGCAGCUCCAGCAGCAGCAACAACAACAACAGCAGCAACCACCACAACAGCAGCAGAUAGCCCUUGCCAACAACGGAAAUAUUGCAGCAAAGAGCCAAUUGGAACAGCUUAGUAAUAUGCGUGAAGCUUUGUUCAGUCAGGAUGGCUGGGGAUGCCAGAACGUCAAUCAGGAUACGAAUUGGGAGGUACCUUGCUCCCCUGAACCCGGAAAACCAGAAACCAAUGCCCCAUCGGGCGGAGCCGGAGGAGGAAAUGGACCAAAUGCGUCCGCUUCGGGUUGGAAGCCUUGUAACACGAACAACGGAACAGAGCUGUGGGAGGCAAACCUGCGGAAUGGUGGGGCGCCUCAAGCUCCGCAGCCAGUACAGAAGGCUCCUUGGGGACCGGCAUCCAACAUCGGUGGGACCUGGGGCGAAGACGAUGAUUCGGGCGAGGCUAGUGUUUGGAAUGGGGGUGCAUCAGCCAAUCCACAAACGGCUGCUCCACCUGCUUGGGGUCAGAACAACCCUGCCAUGUGGCCACCGGGAAAUCCUUCGGGUCCUAAUCCGACAACGGUUAAAAAGGAAAACGAUUGGGGUGGAGUUGGCGUGAUUGGAGGUAACGCUGGUGCAAAUCCUGCAGUUCCUCCAGCUGUUUCAGGUUGGGAUGGGAGGGGUGGGGCAGCCCCGUCCGUUAAUAUUCCAGGUCCUAUUGGGCAAAACACACCAUUGGACGCAACUCGUGAUAUUCGUGGUGAUCCACGUGGUAUAUCUGGUCGUCUUAAUGGCAACGUUGGAAUGUGGGACCAACCGAAUGUACCGAAUCUUCCGGCAGCUGCAAAAAUUGCACAAGGACCAAUUCCUCCGGUAGCAGGAGGAUCAGGCAACCAAUGGAACGCCCCUAUUCCCAAUAAAUUGCCAGGAGCAUGGGAUGAUGCAUCCCCUGCACUAAACACAAGGCCAUCGUUGGAUGAUGGGCCCAACGCGCUUUGGAAUCAGGGUCCUUUGUCACGUCAAAACUCCAACGCAUCCAAUUGGAAAGAUAUGCCCGACAAUGUUUCUCGGAACUCCGUAUCACGAAAUCCUGCUGGCAAUAUGCUCAUUGGUAAUCCGAUGGCACGAGGCAUGCGACUGGGAGGGAUGAAUCCUGGUAUAAAACCGGACAACAAUAUGUGGGGUCAGAACCAAGGAAUGCCAUUGAACGGUUCCUGGGGAGAUGACGGUGGCUGGGAUGACAAAGGUUUAGGUGCUGCUGGUGGCCCUUGGAAUGAUUUUAGUCAAAACAGCCUCUGGAACAAAGGGAAGCAAGGCGGCGGUGGGUGGCCUGAUCCAGGUGAUAUGAUUGGAGGCGGUGGGGGUGCCGGAGGGGACUGGAACAUGAAUAAACCACAGAACAAACUGAGCCAGGCAGAUUUUAUUCGGAACAGCAAGCAGUUUCGGAUGCUUUGCGAAAAUGGUUUCAAGAAGGAAGACGUUGAGUGUGCCCUCCGCAACACCAACAUGAAUUUCGACGAAUCAUUGGAUAUAUUGCAGCGUCAUUGUGCGGCUAGUGGCCUGGGUGAUUGGAGGCGUCCGGAUGAUCAUUCAGCUAGUGGAUUCGAUACUCCUUUCUCCAACCGAUUCCCAGCGGGUCAUGGAUCGGGAAUGCCAUUUUCACAGCAAAAUCUUCUGAAUAAUCUACCGGGUGUUGGCGGCACCAAUCCCAAUCUGGCUGCAUUGAACAAUAUCAAGUACCUGUCGCAAGGCCCAGUGGCCGGUGGUCAUUCGUCGUACUCGCAGGGACCGAACCCGUUGACUGCAGCGGCUAAUGCAUCGAAUCCACAAAACGCCGCCCAAGCACAACCCUCGACUCAACAAUUGAGAAUGCUCGUCCAGCAGAUACAGAUGGCAGUGCAUGCCGGCUUUCUGAACCACCAGAUAUUGAAUCAACCGCUCGCUCCCACGACUUUGUUGUUACUCAACCAGCUACUGAGUCAGAUACGACAAAUGCAGCACAUUCAAAACAACCUCGCCCGAAGUGGUGGAGCAACCGGUGUCAGCACCGUUCAGCUAACAAUGCAAAUCAACAAACACAAGGCGCAGAUCUCCCAGCUUCAGCAACAAAUAGCAGCACAGCAAGCAAUUUACGUUAAGCAACAGCAGCAACCACAGCAACAGCAGCACCAACCCGGCGGCCCCCAUCAGCCACCUGGCACUCCUGGAGGAAUGAACCCCGGACUUGGCGGGGCGGCUGAUUAUCUGCGCCAGCAAGACCUUGUCUCGUUGCAAAGCAACUUUGCAGACAUGGCUCUUGGAAAGGAUCCAGUGACCUCCAGUGGAGGAUUUCCAACCAGUGCUGCAGCUGCGGCCGCCGCCGUCGCUGCCGUCAAUAAUAGCGCGGGUGGCGCUGCGGUGAACGCUGGAAUUGCCGCCGGUGCCGCUGGUAUUACUAGUCAACAGUCACGUCUGAACCAGUGGAAACUGCCAUCGCUUGAAAAGGAAGGCGGCGCCGGUGGUGCUAAUGAUCUCACCGAUUUCUCUCGUGCUCCUGGCACGACGGGAAAAUCAACUUUGUCUACAGCGAGCUCGAACAUGGGCUCUCUAGGAUUACAAGACGGAACGUGGUCUUCGGGACGCUCGCACAUGGCUGAUGGUUGGCCCGAUCAAACCUCGACUGGAAGCGAUCCGGAUAACAAGGACUGGAAUUCCCCGCAGGAUAACGCAGCAUUCUCCGACCUAGUGCCUGAGUUCGAACCAGGCAAACCGUGGAAGGUAAAGGGGGCGCAGAUGAAGAUUGACGAAGAUCCAAGUAUUACACCCGGUAGUGUAGCUCGCAGUCCAUUGUCCAUUGCAACGGCCAAAGAGGCGGAUUUGUUCGGUACCAGUGGUAAACCAUCGCCGACGGAUUCGAUGGGUCUCGCGUCUUCCACCUGGGGCUUCAACGCAGCACACCCUACCGGCGGGAAGUUGGCUGGCAAUCCGGCCAAGAAAACAUGGCCUGAUGCGAUCACAUCAUCCACUACUGCCAGCAGUAGUUCUGAUCUCUGGGGAGCACCGGUGGGAAAAACCACGCGUGGACCACCACCGGGACUGGGUGCUAACAAGAACGUUUCAGCUGCCGCUAAUGGCUGGCCCGAUAGCAGCGGUGUUCAACGAUCCGGAUCAGGCGGCAAUUGGCCCGGUGGAGUCGGAUGGGGAUCUUCGUGGCUUUUGUUGAAAAAUCUAACUUCACAGAUUGAUGUCGCUACGCUACGGACGCUCUGCAUGCAACACGGGCCAUUGCAAAAUCUACAGCUGUAUGCCAAUCACGGUUUGGCACUGAUCAAAUACUCUUCUCGCGAGGAAGCAAACAAGGCUCAACAGGCGCUCAACAACUGCCCCCUCGGUACCAGUACCAUCGGGGCCGAGUGUCCCAGCGACAGCGAGGUGCAGGCCUAUCUACAGCAACUUGGAACACAGGCUGGAAGCAUCACUAGUAGCGCCAUGGUUGCUCCACCGAAUAGCAGUGGUGGCGUGACAAGUGUGGCGCAAUCUUGGCGUCAGGCUCCCAGAACUGGUGGCGCUGACACAUGGGGCUCCGGAUGGCCACCGGCAAGUACUGGAACUACCAGUAUGUUCUGGGCACCGAUAGAGGGAGCCACCGAACGGAGCACACCUUCCAACUUGAACUCAUUUUUGCCAGAAAGUUUACUCGGAAGCGAGCUGAACUAGGAAGCCCUUUCUCCAACAAUAGUAUGGUCUCGAGCCCUAUUAAGGCGUUGAAAGUUUAAUUAUAAACAUACUUAUCCGUUUUCUUUUCUACAAGGUUGUGUUUUUACAUAUGUUUUAAAAAUAUGUAUAUUUAUUGUUUUUCUUUAUUUUGGUGAAAUAAAAUUACACAGGAACUGUCGUCCAAUAUGUUAUUGAAUUUUCUUUUCACACAUGUGUAUUUUAUCGUUCUGAUGAGAGAAAAAAAGCAAACAAACCAGUCAUUGUGUCCGUAGGGACACACUAUUCUAUUACAUAAAAAUGCUAAAACGAACAUAAAUGCAAUUCACAAUGGUGAUUCUCAGUGUUUUUACGAUGAACUGUUAUGGAUUAGACAACACAAGGAAACGCAUACAUAGAUCUGUUACUCUCGAGUCGCGACAAUACCAGAGGAAGAGGAAGGACAGCGGACAUUUUGUCGACUAUUAAAGAGAAGAGAAGCGAUUGCAACAUCAUUUUUAUAAGGAAAGAAACGUUUUAAUCUUCUUAGCAAAAUAAAGAAAAAAGAAAAUAAUAGAAAAGCAUACACUCUGCAGUGAAUAAACAAAAUGAGACAUAAAGCUAGUAUUAAUGAAAUAAGUCAUUUUUUUUAGAUUUUAAGACAAGUAGUGGUAAUGAAAACCAGAGAUAUAGACAUUUGAGGUAUAUAAGAAAAUUAAAACUAUAUUUAUUAAUUUUAAUAUACAUCAUGGCGAGAACAUUAAAUUUACUGUAUAUGAGAAAUAUACAUAAAUGUUAUUAUUGAA